UUAAGCGAUCAGCGUCGAUUGUGUGCAUCAGUGCGCGUGCGCCGCUGCUAAGGCGCGCGCCGCUCUUCGAUACAUCCUGACUACGAAUUAUUGCUGUCCUAUUGGGUCCUAGUCCCUAAAAAGUCCCACACUACGUCGUAAGCGCCCGCCUCCCGUGAACCAAAUACUUUCCUGUGACCGCAUGCUACAGACGAAAAUAGUAGUUCCGAUCGUCCUCUCGGCAGUCUCGGUUGUAUUGCUCAUUGGCUCGAAUCUCUCGUCGGCAGAUGUAUUAUGGUAAUAUAAAUUGACCAACCGUAGAGCAAAUUCGGUUAGUUCGUUAAAGUUGAUUAAAGCCAUUUAACCGGGACGGACACGAGGAAACGAACGGCGCGAGCGUUCGUCGAUCCCGAGGGCUCGUCUAAAUGAACUUAAAUUGUUUAAUAUCGCAUUCGAUAAAGAGCUCGUGAAACGGACUGCGAAUCUGAGGUGUGCAGCGCAGUGGUAGCGGCAGCGAGUCCGGCGCGACGGAGCCGAGCGAGGUGGGCGCGGAGGUAGCGGGCCCGCACCCGCCGCCAGCCGACGGCUACAUGUACGUGUGCGGGGACAGCGCCGCCGGCGCCGGGGCGCGCUAUGAGUGCACCUUCGAGCCAGGCGGCGGCAUGGAGCAGCCAACCUUCGAGGAACACAUGUUCGGAGAGUUUGGGAAGGAUCGGCAUGUACAGGUUGUGGUCGGCGCGGUCGGUGAUCUUCAGUAUCGCGAUGAGCUUCCAGUGUUCACCGGAAGCAAUGAACAGAAGCGGAAAGAGGAGCCGUUACUGCUUCAACCGGUGGACAGUGCACCGGCGCCACACCCACCGCCUCCACCGGCACCGGCUACGAAGAAGAGUGAAAAGAAGAAAAGCGACAAUAACGGCAUAAAGAAAAAGAAAACGAGAACUACGUUCACGGCGUAUCAACUUGAGGAACUGGAGCGAGCGUUCGAACGAGCACCUUAUCCUGAUGUGUUCGCGAGGGAGGAGUUGGCUCUCAAACUUAAUUUGUCUGAAUCACGAGUACAGGUAUGGUUUCAAAAUAGAAGAGCUAAAUGGCGGAAACGAGAACCUCCUAGGAAAACAGGAUACAUAGGCUCCAGUUCACCCAGCUCCACUACACUGGGUGGUGGUUUCUCUGGUAUCGGCGGCAACUUGCCUGCGUUCCCGCAAAACGGACUUUCAGCCCCAGCGGAUUCUUGGUCUUAUCAACAUUCGUAUGAAUUGUCAUCACAUCAUUUAUUAUCGUCGAGCAGUAGUGGCUACCCUGGAUUUAACACGCAGCCAGCUGCGUACUCUUACACCACGGUACUAAACGGUCACGAUGGACAGAUGUUCGCACCUAGACAUUCCUUCGAGUAUGGCGAAGGUAGCCCUCCGCCGUUGGGAGUUCGAGAUUACCCUAUGAUGGCAGCGCAUUCACCUCAGAUGGAGGCGCAUGCUCACGAUGACAAGUUGGAGUACCGAGGACACGAGCACCAGGAGAAGUAUGCAGCGUGCGCUAUGCAAGAGGAGCCGCCGCGGUACGCAGCACCGCCCGAUGACUACGACAAGUGCGGCAUGGUGCCACACGAGAAGCACUAUGAGAUGGAGCGGCACUCGGAUCUUUCGCAACCGGUAGUUGUCAAGAUGGAGCCCAGUCCUGGCCAGGCGUAUACUACUCUGCCUCCUUUUUUGAAUUGAAAUACUCUUUUUCGAAAUUAUCAUAGCUGAACAAAGCCAAUAGAUAUGCGUAAUUUCGAAAAGGAGUAUGCAUAGUUGCAUAGCAUAGGUGACGUAUCAAUAUGUAUUUUCAUAACUUUAUUCUUGCAGCUGGGAUUUUAUUUACGAGUAAGCAGGUAAUCUUAUUUUAGAUAAGUGAUAUCACUUAUAGUAACGAGUACCAACGCUAAUAUUACAUACCUAUAACAUGCAUUUUCUAGUAAAUUGCCUACCUAUACAUAUAACUAGAAAAAUGAAUUAGGUUUGUGCUUCUUAUGAGGCCGUAUUCUUUUAUAUAAUGAUGUUUGACUCCAAUUAUAGAGGACCAAUUUGCAAUAAGAGUGUAAAUAGGUAUUUAAUUAUUUUUUUACGUAAUAGCAUUAAGUAAAAUACACAUUAGAGUAGUAAUAUUUGAAAUGAGAUUCUUAGCUUCACGUGCAUUCCUCGUGCCUUAUCUAUUAUAGAAAAUGUGCCUAUUUGUCAAUUUUAUUAGAUUAUAGGUAUAUACAGCUUUUAAUAAGUAUUAUAUAUGUAUGUAGCAUAAGCCUGCGUCGGCAUUUAAAAACAAAUACUCAACAAAGUUGUAGGUAAUUAUUUAUUAUGGUAACUAAAAAGGAAAGAGUUUGUUUUCUAAGGUUAGUAACAGAAUAAAUUUGCCAAAAAGUAAGUAAAUAUAAUAUCUAAUUGUCUACAUUAGAUAUUUUUCAACAAUUUCUUUUGAUGAUUUUUGUCACUGGCUAAUUAAAACUUAGAUGAAAAUGAAUGUUACACGAAACAAAAUAUAUUAUUUUCAUUUUUAAGUGUUAAGGAGUUCAUUUUCUUCUAAGUUUACAAAAUAAACUAGGCAAAAAGCAAGCGAAUACAGGUAUUCGUCUAUAUUAAUAUCUUACAACAAUUUUUACUUCGUCGAUUUUUGUUACUGGCAAGUUAAAUCUUAGAUGAAAAUAGAUAUCACACGAAACAAAUCAAAUUACUAUAAUUUUUAAGUGUUAUAAUAGGUAUAUAAGGAGCUGAUUUAGUUUUAUCAAUAAAUACUUAGAUAAAAUAAUAAUUAUAUAAUAUGUAAGUAGCUAUAAAUGUAAAUAAUUCUUUAUACGUGAAUAAUAUGUGCCAAAUAUUAGAAAGAUUAGUUAACAAUAUACUUGUAAUACAGUGCCAAGAAUGUAAAUGUGUGCUCAGUCAAGUUGUACCGCAUUUUAUAUUAAAGAUUAUCAUAUUUGAAGCCAUAUAAUUUAAAACUAUGUUGAUCUCCAUAAGUUAACCUAUACGAAUUUAAGUAUAAACGAUAAAACCAAAGAAUUUAAUAAAAAACUGUUUAACAUGA